UAUGCGUGGCACCUUGCGAAUGCGACCAUUGUCAACAACAAUUCCGCCGACUGGAUCUGCAGUGCAGAAGCACUUUCUGUGACCACACCUGCUGCCGCAAGCACUUUGCUUGCCGACCUCACCCGCAAAAUCAACACCGACAGAACUUAUCUGGCGAGUCUGUGCGACAAGUUUGGAAACAUAAUCUCGAGCAGAUGGCGAAAGAAAAGCCGCGACAAGCGUGAGGCAUUGUUGCUUCUAGCAGAUCCGACCAUCGAGAAGAAACCAUGGUUCAGAGUCCGAACGGAAACCGAGCAAGUCAAGUCGCUAGCAACACGUAACAGCAGAAGAAGGAGUUGGCUGCUUCCUUACAUGAGCACUGCAGUUAUGAAGGCGAACCCUUCGGUCCUGUUGGGUCUGAUACACCACCGUAUUCAUCNNAUUCAUCAUUCACCAGAAGAAUGGGCAUCGUUUGACAACUACGCGAUCAGACAGGGCUGGGUUACUGGAGAUAUCGGCCUGGAAUACUGCGGCCAAGCCUGCGUUGUAAUGCAUGGCAUCGACUACGGUAAGCUUGUUCCUUGGGAAAAGCAGGCUGCAGAGCGCUGGGAUAUUGUCGGUUAUCCACGAGCUCGAUUGAUCAUCGAGGCGCAAGCCUUGAUGUUUUCUCGACUUCGUUCCAUCGUGGAUCUCAUCUUGGAAGGAAUCGACCGAAACAGCAUAGGCGCCUCUGAUAAGUGGCAAGAUAUGGUUCGCACGGGCUUCAAACAGACCAGCACGAUCGAGCUGUGGUCUGACUACAUCAAUCAGCCAUUCUCCAGUCCUCCAAAAUUCGAUGCUGAUUACUACUGCUCCAUCGCCGAAGCUCGUAUGAGGGCAGCUGAGGACCACUUAUGGUUGUUACAAACAGAACCUUCCUACGUCCGUCGCUUCAUUAAGGUCAUGGCUGCGGGUGAGGUAUACAGGUCCGAGUGGAAGGAUCUCCUGAUUACAGGAGAUAUUUGUGUAGACGUGCUACACUGUCUACGUUGGAAUCACUUGAGCAAAGAAUGGUCCAGCGUCCGAAAUCACUACGGUCGCUUUCGAGACAGUAUCCAUCCAGGCCAACCACUUCCGCGUGGCCUCGAACUAAGUCUUGCUAUUCUGGAACGAGCUCUUGUCGAUGGCAUGGACAAGCUGGCCCAGCACCUCUCAGUCUUCAUCCCACAACGUCCUGGCUUCCAGCAAUACUAUAAGUUCACGAUGCCCAAAAGAGAUAUGGGUCGCACUCCGCAUGAAAUGUGUAUAGACGUCGAAAACAUCAUGGGAUGUACAGAGACGGAGCAAUACUACAGGGAUCCGCUCGAUUGGACUCUGAUGCAGCUCCUAGGCGAGCCAGACACAGAGCUUCGCAUCGAUCACGCCGAGCUUUUCGCUAAACUCGAAGCCCAUCUGGCUGACGCAGAUUAUCGUGAGCGCANNACAGACUGGAUGAGACGCUGUACGCCAGAUUUUCUGAUUUUGCGGCACAACAGACUGGAUGAGACGCUGUACGCCAGAUUUUCUGAUUUUGCGGCACAACACGAAAUGUUCUCUGCUGUCAGAAUGCACCGUCCUGCAUAUUCUCGACGUGAACCAGACGAUAUUGAGAGGAUGCUCAAGGACAAUUCGACUCCGUUCACCAGGAGCCUGACUUCUCGCGAUUCUGGUCCUGAGGUUGGAUCGUGUGCACUCCCAUCGCGAUUCUUCAAGAUUUUCGACAAAUUAGAGCCUGCAGUCGGCCGCAAGGAUAAAGCAUGGCUCGACCGCAGAGUUGAAGAACGCAAAGCUCUCACCAACUUUUGGGAACAGGUAGGUAAAUCUAUACGCGAGUCGUUGGGUUACACGCGUAUGAAGCAGGAAGAGAUCGACUACACUGUCUCGCUGAUUUCUGUUUCGACCAGCAAGGAGUACCUUGAGAUGGUCGAGAUAGAGCGAGCAGAGGUAUUGGAUCUUAUCGCGGCAGCAGCUCGGUCCAAAGAAGCCACAAGCACUGCGACUCCAACGGACACUUUUUGGGAGACGGGUCCAGAUAUGUCGAAACUCGCCAUCAAUGAACAAGCACCAAAAACGAAGACACGCCCUUCUCAGCCAACCAACAGAUUGCCUGGUGAAUCAGACUCUUCGAAACUUGCGACCAAGGCAGACAUUGAGCCGCACAGCACACUUCAGAUCUCCACAACCCCGCGCGCACUUGAGGUCAUCAGGAAGAUGUUCCCCAGUUCUGCAGAAGAAACCUCAGCCAAGGACACCGAUUGGGACCAUUUCGUCCACGCAAUGAACGAUCUUGCUUUCAGUGCUCGUAAUGUCGGUGGCUCGGCCGUCGCCUUCGAGCACGCCUCCAACAAGAAGAUCAUCUUCCACCGUCCCCAUCCUGUUGCCAAGAUUGACAGCAUCAUGCUGCAAUCCAUGGGCAAGAGACUCAAGAAGCACUUUGACUGGAGCAGAGAAGCUUUCAUCGGAGUC